UAAUAUGGAUAAUUUGUGUGUAAAACCGUAUAUUCUCCACACACAACUGCAGAAACUAAUCACUCAAUCCUGAUCACUCUGUCAAACCUAACUCAGAGGAAACCACAUAACAUGUGUAUAUAUGGUUUCACUUAAACAUCUGGCAAUUAUAGUAUUCCUAUUCCAUAUGAUCAUAGAAUUUUAUGGAAGUUGAUAGCCUAGAAGGAAAGAAACAUCCCAACAACCGUCUUAACUACAACUAUACACUGGCCACAGAACAGUUCUCAGCAUUAAUUUAGACAACAUGUCUGGUUUCUUAUAUCAUUUAGACUAGUCAUCAUAAUGUUAUGUCUAGUCCCAAGCUUGCUGCAGUUAGCUCAAGAAUCACUAUGAAAUCACUUCAAGUGGCCCAAGCAACAGACCCUGAAAGUCAGCCUGAGAGAACUGAUCAAGUUUCAGAUAAAAGCAUAGUUAUUCCCAACAAACAUGUCACAAUAGCUGAUAGCAUCAAAAGUGAACAUUCAAGGUUCGUUGCUCCUCGAAUCCCAACAGACUUUUCAAUUCAAGUCCAGGAAACAACUUAUAAUGUACACAAGUACCCCAUUAUAUCAAAAUGCGGCUACAUAGGACGGUUGGAAGUUCAGCCUCUGAUCUCAAAUUCUGGCAAUGUGCUCAAGCUUGACAACUUUCCAGGUGGAUCGGAAACAUUUGAAACAAUUCUAAAAUUCUGUUAUGGUCUCCCCAUAGACUUCAACUCAGAUAACGUAGCUGCACUAAGAUGUGCAUCAGAAUUCCUAGAGAUGACAGAAGAACUAGAAGAUGGCAAUCUCAUUUCCAAGACCGAAGCUUUCCUCACAUUUGUCGUGCUUUCUUCAUGGAAAGACACUGUCACUGUUCUGAAAUCUUGUGAAAAUCUCUCUCCAUGGGUUGAAAACAUCCAAAUUGUUAGAAGAUGCUGUGAUUCUAUAGCUUUGAAGGCUUCUAAAAAUAAGCACACAAGUGAGGAUGCAACAUCUAAUCAAGAAAGCUGGUGGUUCAAUGAUGUGGCCACCCUCCGGAUUGAUCAUUUUAUGCGGAUAAUUUCAGCAAUAAAGGCAAAGGGAAUCAAGCCAGAGACCAUUGGUAAAUGUAUCAUGCAAUAUGCCAAGAGAUGGCUACCAGGAAUGUCUGAAGAGUUGGAAGGACUAAGAGGAUAUGGGCAUGAAAAAAGUAAUCUACAGUUCACUAUAUUUGGUAGGAAGAAACAAGAGAGCGCUGCACAUAGCAAGGAGCAAACGACGAUUAUUGAAAGCCUAGUAAGCAUAAUUCCUACUCAACAAGAAGCUGUCCCAUGUAAGUUCUUGUUGCAGAUGUUAAAGAUGGCAAUGAUGUAUUCUGUAUCACCAGCACUCAUUUCGGACCUUGAAAAGAGGGUUGGCAUGGUGUUAGAAGAUGCUGAGGUGAAUGAUCUUUUAAUUCCUAGAUAUCAAAAUAGAGAUCAAGGAAAAAUGGUCAACAUGCCUAAUUCACCCGAAGACUGCACUAUGCAAGACAUAGAUGUAGUGCAACGGAUUUUUGAAUACUUCUUGAUGCAUGAAAAACAACAAAUGCAACUGCAACAAAAGUCUGGGAAAUUGAAUAGGCUCAUGGACAAUUACCUAGCUGAAGUUGCAACAGAUCCAAAUCUUUCAAUUACAAAGUUCCAAGUCUUAGCUGAAUUGCUACCAGAAUAUACUCGAUCAUUUGAUGAUGGUCUAUAUAGAGCCAUUGACACCUACCUUAAGACCCAUCCUUCACUGACUGAUCAUGACCGUAGAAGACUCUGCAAAAUAAUGAACUGUGAAAAACUCUCACUUGAUGCAUGCAUACAUGCUGCGCAAAAUGAUAGAUUGCCUCUAAGAACGAUUGUCCAGGUUCUUUUUGCAGAGCAAGUAAAGAUGAGGGCAGCAAUGCAAGAGAAGGAACCAGCACAGAGUGGAAUAAACUCUGAACAUGAUGUAAACCAGAUAUCUGCAAGUAUGGACAUUAAAACACUCAAAACAGAACUCGAGAAUGUAAAGUCCAAUAUGGUAGAACUGCAGAACGACUACUUUGAGUUGCAAGAAGAGUAUAAAAAAUUAAGCAACAACGACAAGUCAAAGAAUCCAUCAAGCUGGGGUUUAAAUUGGCGCAAGAUCAAAAACUCCUUUCAUGUAAAACAUGCAGGAUGUGAAACUAGAGAUGGACAAGAUAUACCCACAUCACCAAACCGCACUCGUCGUAGAUCAGCCCCGAGAAGAAGGCUCUCCACGUCUUAAAAGUAUUUCCACAUAAAAAAAAUCUGUUGCAAAAUAUUUUGUAUAUGAAGCAUAUAGUCUAAAUUUUAUAUCUAAAGAUGUUGUUUGCUUCAAAGAAAGAAAAGUUCCUUUUACA